AGUCUUGCGUGCCAUCAUGCCAUCCCCGACGGGAAAUGAUAUGACCAGCGCAAUUGUAAGCAGAGCCUCGGUUCAAGCCUGGACUCCCGGAUCGAGAGGCAAGAUGAGCUUUGGCAACGCCUUACGCCACACUGCGCUCGCACGAAGUGCCUAUUUGGACGGACAAGAUUUAGGACACAACAAGAGAGACGUGCCUUCUAAGCCUGCAGCACGCGAUGGGGACGAGCGCGCGGCACUGGCAGCAGCAAGAAGGAACCUCCAGCAGCCCCAGCGCCUUCAGACCGCCUUCCAGGGCGCCUUCGGCGCGGUGUCCGGCACCGUGGGCCUUUCAAGCCAAGUUGCCGGAAUGCCGGAGAGGCGCCUGCUGCGGUCGCCCCGCGCUUUGGACGACGCGGCGGCCGGGCGUUGCCGGCCCUCCACAGCACCGCUGCCGGGAGGACUGGUCAUGGACAUCGAUGGCUCGGGGCACAAGCGUGCAGUAGCGCGGCCGAAGGGUGAGGAGUCCAAGCUGCUGAAGCGCCACGACCGCGGGAACAACGUGAAGACGGAGCGGUCACAUUCGGAGGGCGACUACCAAGGCCGCGCCUUCUUCGAUCAGAUCGUGCUGGCCGAGCGCUAUGCAGACCUCAUUGGUCGAUCCGACAAGCUGCUUGACAAUGAGCCCCUGAUGCCAGUGCCGGAGGGUGCAUACCCAGGGCAGAUUCCCACCAGCCGCGUGCCAGAGGAGGAGGACCUUCCAACCUUGCUGGGAUCGGCAAGGAGGGCGCCGGAGAUGCGUGAGAAGGAUCGGCUGAGCAAGACUUCGCCCAGAACUUCUCCCAGAGAUGUGCGGAGCAAACUCUCUCCCAGAACCUCCCCCAGAGAUCGGGAGUUCAAGGCAUCGGUGGACAAGGUCGCUCAGGACUCAAUGUCCUUUGGCCGCUUGUUGCGGGAGGCGCAGGCCACGAUCCAGGCAGGCCAUGGCUCCCGCACCAGGUUGCUUCACGAGCAGCUGGAUCUGUUAGAGGAGAAGACUCGGCAACUCAGCAGCGCGGCGGACGACGCGAGCUUUGUAUCAGGUGAGCCAUCGCACAAUGAGGUCCACAAGGUGCAGAGACGACAGGCCUUUGACCUUAUCAAGAGAGGAAGUGGGUGGCGGACGCAUCCCAACUUCUCGCAGGUCUAGGUCAAGGACCUUGAGGUCGCUGGUGCUGAAAGGCUCGGCAUGGAGAAAUUUGGGCGAGCGUUGGACCCUCCAAC